UACAUAAAGGUCCUCUCUCCCUCAUUAUCUCUUUCCCUCUCUCUCUCUGUGUCUGUCUGAGUCUGACACUCCGUGCUGAAUGGAGAACUAUCAGUACCCAGAUUCCGGCGACUCAUCGCCGCGGUCGAGGGAGAUCGAUUUCGAGAAUCCGACGCCGUGGGAGGAGCAGCAGCAGAACUACAAGGCGAGGUUCAUGUGCAGCUACGGCGGCAAGAUCCAGCCACGCACCCACGACAACCAGCUCUCGUACGUCGGCGGCGAAACCAAGAUAUUGGCGGUGGAUCGCAACAUCAAGUUCCCGACGUUCCUCUCGAAGCUCUCCGCACUCUGCGACACGCCGCCACAAGAAGUUACCUUCAAGUACCAACUUCCCGGCGAGGACCUAGACGCUCUGAUUUCCGUCUCCAACGACGACGACCUCGAACACAUGAUGCACGAGUACGAUCGCCUCUAUCGCCCACCCGCUAAACCCGUUAGGAUGAGGCUUUUCCUUUUUACAGCUGUUAAUACCGAUUGUGAUCGCAAUUCGGGUCCUCUUCCUCUUCAACCCGACCCGGUUAAGCCUCAACCCAACGUCGACUUCCUCUUCGGCCUCGACAAGGCUGUUGCUCCUCCAACUCACCCUCCUUCCUUCGCCGCCGUUAAGUUCCAUGAUCCGGUGCCUGAGCCUGUCGCGCCGCCUCCUGAGUACCAAUCUCGCGGUGGUGCUGCUGCGGAUCGGGUUGUUGGAUCGGAUCCGAAUGUGAACCCGUAUCAGAGGCAGCAGCAGCUGCAUCAGGAGUUGCAGCGCUUGCAAAUAUCUGAGAAUGAUCAAACGUUGUAUCGUAGAAGAAGUGAAGACGGUUUCGCCGGAGGUUAUGGCGGCGCCGGUGGUGGCGAUUAUUACUUGCAGAAGAUGCAGGAUAAAGCCCCGCAGUCCAAUUCGCAGGCCAACGUGCCGCAACCCGCGGGUUACUGGCCGGAGAAGCAAUUCUCCGGCGAUGGUUUUCAGACGACGGUGACUACCGCUCCCGGAGGAGGGGACCAGCCGGUUUAUAUGAUCCCGGCGACGGGGACUUUCUAUCAUGCGCCGAUGGUGCGUCCACCAACGGCGCCGGUAAACCAAGGGUACUAUACUGUGCAACGAAUGGCUUCUGAUGGUUACCGUGAACAGCCGGUGUACGGCGGCGUGCAGCAACAAAAAGCGGCGUUUUCGUCGGCGGGUCAGGCAAGCUUUUCACCGGCACAGCCGGUUAGACCUUCCGCGUAUCAAGAAGGAUACGGCGUCGUUAGGCCAGCUGGGGUUCCGGAUAAUACGGGUGGUGCUGCGUACGCGCAGGUGGCGUAUGAUAGUGCAAGUGGGAGACAAGUUUACUACACUGCGCAAGGAGGGAUGGUCCACGCGCCUCCGUACCAAGGGGUUGCUCCGGCAGUCAGCGCAGAUAUGAGAUCGGCUGGGGUUUCAAUGGGUCAGGAUGUUAAAGGGGUAAAUAAGGUUUCCCAAGGCUCUGUGUGAUUAUGUUAAUUUUGAAAUAAUACGCGUAAAAUGUUUUGUUUUUCUUUACUUUUAUAUAUAAUACGAAUAUCUAAUAAUACUAUGGC